UUAACAAGAUAAAAUGACAAGUGGGUCCUCAAAGUGGACAUUGCAAGAAAAAGCCAAUAAAGUAAUUUCAUUAGAAUUCAGAUUAAGUUUUCGGGCACGAACGUGUUUUUUACUCCACUUUGCUUCCUUUUGAGCCACAUGUUAGUUUACAUUUCUAGAAUAAAUCUGUCCCUCUGGCUCCUGAUUGGCCAACUGCCAACAUGUCCAGACAAGUGCAUGGCAGAAACAAUCAAAAAUUUGGCUUUUAGCCAUUGUGUAUUUCCCAUACUCUUAGGACUGACACAAUGAUAAAAGUACCGUGAUCGUCCCUUUUUGCCACGAGCAGAGAUACGUUUCCUCCUCCUCGUGACUCCCAGGUGGCCACGUUAAGCGUGCUGCUGCGCGCUCUUUCCUCGGUUGUGGAUUUACAGUCAUGCUCCGAGAAGUUUUGUCACAAACAUGUGCUUAAGAGGCGAUGAGUGACUCCACGAUGCUGGCUCCAUCACAGUCAGUGUGGUAAAUUGCUGUUUAUCGUGCUGCUUUCUUUAAAUCAGUUGUCAGGUGCUUUUGUUUUGAACUUUCAGAGAAAUCUCGAUCGGUGGCGAACUGCAGCUAACCUAAGCCUCAUUUGAUCAAAUGGCAACCGAAACCUUGUAUUUGUAAAGAAAUUAUCUUUAUCUAUAAUUACUAUUUGCCAAAGUCUUUUUGCUGUGAUUUCCCUCCCUUAGGCAGGGAAAAUUAGUCAUGCUUUAAAUGACAUUAUACAUCGGUUGUGUUACAGGGCUUAUUAAAGUGCACUGUGGUUGACAGGAUCAAGCCUUCUUGUUAGGCAGACAGCCAUGAAUCACUGGUAAACCCACAUCAACCCACUUUAUCCACAUUUGUACUUGCUCACAACACAAACGAUUUAACUUGUCAGUGUAAAUCAUAAACACUCAGAUUAAGUCUUCAUAAAGAAAAGCCAUAAAUUCAUAUUCUUUUCCGGAUACAUUAUGAUUUCUUUUGUUUAUUUUUUUGGUUGUGUUUGCUGAUGUUGAUCUGCAGCUGGAGCUCUUAGUUAAACACUCCCUUUGAUUCCCCGCUAAACUCACCACAGGAGGCCCUUUGAAAUCCCCAACAUGGGAAGUUUUGUAUGUAAUCAUUUAGAUUCAUUUUGAAUAUCAAUGGGACAGGAAUGCCGAGGAUCCAGUUUUAAUGGGACAAUAAAGGCGAACCCUCUUUUUUUUUUUUAAUGGCAGCGGGGAUGUGGGCUCGCUUUACUGCUGCCAGCUCGUAAACACAUUCACACCUCUCUUUCAUUUAAAUGCGGGAUAAGUUAUAGCACAUUAUUGGAAAAAAAAAUCGAGGUCGACAACAAACUGCAUUUGAAUGGUGUCUGGGAGAGCCGAGGCCAAUCCACAAAGCAGCGGCACUUUAAAAAGCGCGAAUAACAGAGAGAGAGAGAGUUUUUACACACAGCAACUAUGUUCAUAUUUCACUCUCAUAAUAACAAUAUGUUCAUUGUUGUAAAGGCCUUUAAAGUAAUAGAAACUGAAAAUGUGGUUUUACAAAGUUAAGGUAAUUUAAAAAAAAUCGUGUAAUACAAUUUAUUAACUACUUUGUUUGCUUAUUUCUAUCAUCCCAUGCCUCCAAUUAGACGUAGCUCCUGUAAAUCAGGUUGUCUUUGUCCAUAUUCGCAAACCAAUUAAAUCAUUUCCCAAACUUUCUUCAGGAAAAAUACAUUUUAUUAAUUUCAAAAAGCAGUAUCUUCUUGUUCUUAAUCUACUUUGCGCCGCGCUUUGCCCUCCGAGAGGAGAGAAGAAAAAAAGUCUGCAAGCUGAUGGUCUCUCCAAGAUUACCCUAUCAGGUGCAAACCGCUGACAUGUUUCCACCCACCAACAACAAAAAAGCCUCUCUGUGCCCAAAUCUCCAGCCGCAGACGCACAAACACCACUGACAGGCACUGCUGCGCCAUCACCAACCCCCAAACCUCUCCAGGGAUCCGCUGCGAUUCUUCAACACUGCUUUUUUUAAAAAGCACAACUCUUCUGUUUGCCUGGAUAAGUUUGUUUGCCCACUUUUAGCGACUUGUUUUUCCUGGUAGAAAGGCGUUUAAUUAUUCAGCGCUUUAACUUUUAACACCGCAGCACUUGGUAGAAUAAAAUGACCCACGCAAGGUGUAAAAAUCCCCCGCAGGUACGGACGGAGUUGAGGAGCCUGUGAUCUCUGGAGCAGCAGGAUUUGGAUUGUGUGCGCAAAACUCGAAGGAUAUUGUAUUGAGCGAGGGGAACAUUUUUUUUUUUUUUUGAGAGGUUGAAUUUUGAAUCCUUUCCACGCUUGGCACCGAUUUACGGAGACGUUGCGGGAUAUCGGGGAGCAGAGGAGACUGAGAUGAGAAAACCCCCCAAAUCUUCUGGAUACUUCCCCCCCAACAAGGAAACACCUAAUGUUGCGCUCCGUGACUCUGCUGCUGCUCUCCAGUGAUCUAUCCUUACGCUGGGAUUCAAUCUCCUACUUACCCCCGGAGUUGUGUGCGUAAAGGACGCGCGGGGGAGCGAAAGCGAGAGAGAGGGGGGCGAUUUCGCCAACCUUUCCUGGGGCUCUAAAUCUGUGGAAGCAGGUGUAUUUCUGCGAGUCAAGAUGUCUGUGCUGCCUUCAAGGUUCAUAUACCUGUGUUUACAUUUUCUGGUACUCUAUUUCCAGCUACAGGAAUCCCAGCAGACCACUGCCGAUUUCAGGUUUUACAUCGAGAACCACACGAGGAACCCGGACGACCUGAGCCGCAAGCAGGUCCGGAUCUACCAGCUCUACAGCAGAACCACAGGCAAACACGUCCAGAUCUUGGGGAAGAAAGUCAACGCCAACGGAGAUGAUGGGGGCAAGUAUGCUCUCCUCGUGGUCGAGACGGAAACCUUCGGGAGCCACAUUCGAAUAAAAGGAAAAGAGAGCGAACAUUACAUUUGCAUGAACGAGAAGGGCAAGAUAGUCGGAAGGCCCGAUGGAAGGAAGCAGGAGUGCGUCUUUGUCGAGGAAUUCCUGGAGAACAACUACACGGCUCUCGUGUCGGCCAAGUACAAAGGAUGGUACCUCGGCUUCAACAGGAAGGGGCGGCCCAAGAAAGGCUCGCGGACCACGCAGAGGCAACAGGAAGUCCACUUCAUGAAGCGCCAGCCGAAGGGCAGGCCGGACCCGCUGGAGGAGUUUCGUUUCACCACAGUGACUAAGCGGACACGGAGGGCUCGACGAUUAAAACCCAACUCCAAGAAGAACUGAUGGGGACCAAUGGGACAGCACUAAUUGUCCUCGGGGGAGGGGGAGAGGGGGACAAAACAAAAACUAAAACUGUAACUGAAAAUCUCAAGCUUCUUGUCUUAAAAGAAUCACCUUAAAGACUUCACUUCUGUAAAAGUAAGACGGACAAAAAGAACAAAAAAAAAAAGUCAAAGAUGUUUUAUUUUUGUAUUUCAGGAUGACUGAAUAUUUCCUAACUCUUGGAUUCUUCUGGGUUGAUGUCAUUGUGCUAACGUGUCCGUCAUGUUAUUUAUACUGGAUAAACUAAAGGACCUCUGAGAGAAUUCCUGUCGCCGUCGUCCUCAGCGACGUUUGAACUGCAGGCUGAAGGCCUUACUUUCUUUUUGACAAUGGGGGCUGAAGCGUGGAGCUGACGCAACGUUAUAAAAAUCAGCCAACUAGAGAUUUAUUGGAAUACCUGUCGGCUUUUGUUUGUGUUGCCACCUGACAACGAGGAUCCCAUACUUUCCACUGGAACCAGACGCCAUGGAGAUGAAACGGACUGAGGUGGCAGUCGCAAGUGACACUGUGCUGCUGGGAUAACUGUGUAGCUUUGAGUGCAAUAUUUUACAGGUCUCUCUCUUUCUCUUCCUCUCUCUCUUUUUUUUUUCCAUAUGUCUCUCAGCUCCACUCGUGGCUCCGGGAAUGCGUCGAAGCCUCCGAGUACUGUGUGUGAUUUCCUUGACGUUUCCAUGCAGCGUGUGAUUCAGCUAAAAACACGACAUGCUUUGACUAGUCGGGCACCAGCCCUAGAAAAAGAAAACAAUACAAGCAAAAAUAUUACAGCUCAUGUGAUUCAUAAUUCCACAAAAGUCUUCCAGCUUCAUCACAUUUGGGAGACGGAUGUUAAUCCCUCUCGUGUCCCCUUGGGUUUUGUGUUUUUUUUAAAAGCUCUUCCUCACGCCUGUUAAAGUCGCUCCAGAAAAGGAUGCCUUCAUCCUUCUGAGUGUGAGCUCGCUGAUAUUUCGGGGCGGGUGAUGAAGACUUCCUCUACCUCCUUGUUCUUCUUUGUUUAUCUUCAGCUAGUCUGACUGUCUGUGUUCAGUUAAUCUCAAGAACCUUUCAGUCGACUCGACGCUGAGCUGAACUGAGCUCUUCUGUUUUUUUUUGUUUUUUUUCUUUCUUCCAAAAUCAUCUUUUGACUGUGAGCUCAUCUUCGCUCCUUUCACUGUCACUGGAUGAAAGUCUCAAAGAUGCUUUUCUGGAGAAAGCUUAUCCCUGUGCUUUUUUCCAGAUCAGUGAUCCACAGACAGGAAUGCUGUCGCUCUGACGACCCCUGAUCACUUCAUGAAUCCACAUUUUUGACAAUUAAAGACUUCUCCCCAGAAACCCAGAUGAGCAACUUGUCCAGGAUUGUGGGAACAUUUUCAACGACAUGAGUUUGUGUCUGAAUCGUAAAAAGGGAAAAGUCUCUGCUUCAAUCAUUCCUUCUCUCACUGACGACCAACUCCAGCCUCUUUUCACCUGUAGUAUGUAUUCACCUGUCCGCUGGCAGGUUUUUGUAUGAGUCGCUACUAACAACAUGACACAUUUAUG